ACACACACACACACACACACACACACACACACACACACACACACACAUUCGUACGCACUGAAACAACUUCCGUACCUCACGAAAACAUAUUUAAACAGAUGGAAAAAACUAUCGCAGAACACAGUGUCACGUAGCAACUGGUCUUUACGGUCGUUUGAAACAACAGGUCAGUUUGGGGGACAAAAGGAGGGUUCAGUUUUUACUGACUUCCCAUCUGACAGUUUAAAUGUUUAUGACCGUUUGAAUCAACAGGUCAGUUUGGGGUACAAAGGAGGGUUCAGUUUUUAUGGGAGCUUGAGAAUUUCGUAUGAAUAGAAACUGGCCACCCAUUUGACCGUUUAAAUGUUUACGACCGUCUGAAACAACUUCCAUACCUCACGAAAACAUAUUUAAACAGAUGGAGAACUAGAGCAGAACACAGUGUAACCGCGAUUUGCAAAAUGAAAGGUAAUUUCUUUUUUUUUUUUUUUCAUUCCUUGUAACACGUCUGUUUAAUGUUACUAUAAUAAGUAUUUAUUCGAACUAAAAACAGUCGAACAUCGAGUUGAAAUUCACCCACCACCAAGGGAUCUCCUAACAGAGUCUCCAAUCCUUUUGUCCGAUGACGACGAAGUGAAAGACGAAGAACUUUGUUUGAUCGAUCUUACAAAGUUGGAAGAUGAUUAUCGAGAGGAUUCGCCGGAAGAGACCAACGCGAUCCCUUUAACCCAAUCGCAGUCUGAUUUUCCGUUUACAUCUCUUGCUCACUGGUCUCCCUUAACGCUGGAGGGUCCGUCAACGGCCAUUCCAGGCAGAGGAGAAGGCUUGAUUGCGCCAAAGACUCCAGACAUCGAAUCCUUGCUCCGUGGGGAAAUCAUCGAAAACGACGGUGAAUGUCCAACAGGCACCCGCUGCAACAAACGCAGGAGGAAGCGUAGAUGCGCCCGCCAGCUCGACAAACAUGAUAGAAACAGAAGAAGGCUGAAACAGUACUAUCGUAUACUGGCUCGCACUCUCAUGAAGAUGGCAGACAUGAUUUGAUACAUACUGGUUUGUUAUAUCUGUUCCAUUCGAAUUAUUUUUUCUUUUUUUUCUUUAGAGAAAUAUAAUGGGUGUAGUUCCAUCUGAAUUAGAUGUAGUUAUUGAAGAAGAUGAAGACGUUUGUAAUCAUCAUUUAGAUCCAAACAACCAGAUAGAAUGGGAACCAAACAAUGAUCCGUCUUUGCAAGAUGAUAUUAAUGUGUUAAAUUCAAACACAAACACACAAGCCUCUACACAGCAUCACGAUGUGUUGGGAGGGGCGACACCCUCGGGGGAAUGUUUGGAUUUUUCGGAGGUGGUGGGGGUCAUGCAGAACCAACCGUCAACGGCUGACCAAUCAAUUUCAAAUGAGACCCAGAGGGGUGAUGGGGUAAAUGUCUUGAGGAGGGAAACAUUCAACAAUAUACAACUAUCCAGCGUUUUAACUUUUCCUCAAAACAACGAUGUAACAGAUUACGCCACAUUUUACCGCGGAGUCUUGGGGAGCCUUAAAAAGCUGACACAGAUGGUAACUAAGGAAGCUAGACCCGGCGAUAUCAUUCAAUUGGAGUUAUCCGGUGAAAGUGCAAAUCAACACACUUCAUUUACAUUUCGAAACGAUGCCGGGGCUGUGAUGAAUGCUUUUCAAGAUGUGUUAGAUCUGUUGGUACAAUCAAACGUUGAAAUAUUGAACGAUGAAGAAAUACAGGUGAUGGUCCAGGUGAUACAUAACCCUCGAGGUGGUGUAAGAAGAAAAAUCGAAACCCUUUUGGAACAUGAAAUCCGCAGAAAAAAAGCUCGUUAUCUUUACAAUCCAUUAAACUCGAAUAAUCAACUAUGUUUUGCCAUUAGCCUAGCAAGUCUGUUACAUCCUGAAUUUACAGAUAGCCAGGCUGUGGCGGAGGCUGAAAAAAUACAGAGAAAAGCGGGCUUAGACGAACAGACUUCCGUCACUUUCAGUCAUAUUCGUGAAUUUGAAAAAGUGGUACGUCGUAAAAUUGUCAUACUGUACAGAGAAGAGGGCCAACGACCCCUCUCACGGUUCGAGACGGAUUACCCCAAAUCAGAAAAUCCGUUGUAUCUGUAUUUAUCUCAGAAUCAUUACAGCGGUAUCAUUAACAUUAAAGGUUUUUUGUCAAAACCGCACGUUUGUCACUACUGUUACCAAGGGUACGACAAACCCGACAGACACAAAUGCGACGGCUAUUGCUUGGUCUGUACACAAAACGGGUGUGUAAAAAUAGAGGGGAAAACUGUGCUUUGCAGGGAUUGCAACAUGUGGUGUCGUUCUCCUGCAUGUCUCCUCAGACACAGGGUAAAACACCGGGUUAUGGAAAAACUCGUCAGCAACUGCGAUCGGCGAAAGAAAUGCCUUAAAUGCAACCUAUUUUACGAUGUACCUGUGGCUACAGGUAUCGCUAAACACACGUGCCCUAAGUUAAAAUGUCAAAUAUGUAAAGAAGAGCUACCUCGCAGUGACUCAGAGACACCUGAAACACGACAUCUUUGCUAUAUACAACCCCAACCACGUGAAGUAAACCACAAUGAUAAUAUCAUAUUCUAUGAUUUUGAGACGUUUGUCGAUGACAAUCACACUCACAUUCCCUUUCUAGUCUGUACCAAGACGCUGCAAGGAGAAGAGUGGUGUGCUUUUGGACUGGAUUGUGUUACAGUUUUCCUCAAUCAUUUCAGGAAACCUCGUUAUCUUAAAUCUACAUUUAUAGCCCACAAUUCGAGAGGAUUUGACGGUUACUUGAUUCUGAGAGGCAUGGUACGGCUGGGUAUAGCACCCUUAAUUAUCAUGCAGGGGAGUAAAGUUCUCUGUUUUAAAGACCCUGAUUUUUUGCAAAAAUACAUUGACUCGCUUUCCUUCCUUACCAUGCCGCUUAGCGCUAUGCCAAAAGCGUUAGGACUCGGUGAUUGCUGGUCCAAGGGGUAUUUUCCUCACAAAUUUAGUUCGGAGGAACAUUUAAAUUAUGUCGGAAAAUACCCCGCAAUCAGCAAUUACGGUGUAGAACGCAUGACACCUGUUGAACGCACCAAGUUUGAGACGUGGUAUCAAAAUGAGAAAAGCGAGGUCUUUGAUUUUCAAAAACAAGCGGUACACUACUGUAAAAACGACGUCAAUGUUCUUCGUGAGGGUUGCAUCAAAUUUAGAGCCGAGUUUACGAGCGAGACGGGUGUUGACCCCUUCUCCCGUAUCACCAUAGCCUCGGCCUGCAUGAAGGUGUUUGUGACUAAUUUCCUCGAGCCGCGUUCUCUAGCCAUACCUUCCCCGGAUAACUACCGAGGGUUGUGUAAAAAAUACUCACACACCAGCAUCCAAUGGUUAGAAUGGGAGUCGCAUCGUCGUGGUAUUUUCAUUCAGCAUGCUUUAAACAAAGGCGAAAAACAGAUGGGGGCAUACUUUGUGGAUGGGUUUGCUAUAAUCGGUGGCAAACCAUUCGUCUGGGAAUUUCAGGGGUGUUUUUAUCACGGAUGCCCGACGUGUUUCGAACCCGGUGCUGUAUGCCCUUUGACAAACACACCGUUCGAGGAGUUGCACAAGGCUACCGAGAAAAAAAUGAAAGCGUUAAAGCGUGACCACAAGGUCAACAUCAUCGUCAUCAGAGAGCACGAGUGGAAUGAAAUGAAAAAAUCAAACCCUAGGGUAAUAGACUUUCUCAAAACACGCAAUUACCCCGCACCUCUCAUGCCUCGAGACGCUCUUUAUGGAGGUAGGACAAGCGCCUUUUGCUUGAGGCACACGGCGGGUGAGAACCAGCGUGUAUUGUAUGAGGAUGUCACCUCUCUCUACCCGUACGUCAACAGCGCAUUUCCUUACCCCCUGGGUCAUCCUGUCAUCAUCCACACGGAUUUUGACGAUGUUGGAAACUAUUUCGGUCUGGUCAGAGCCGUUGUUCACCCUCCUCGAGGUCUCUAUUUCCCUGUGCUACCCUACAGAACGGUCAAGGGUAAACUAGUGUUUACACUUUGCCGCACAUGCGCAGAAAACAAUAACCAGCAGGAACCCUGCGAACAUGAUGAGGAAGGAAGGGCAUUGACGGGAGUCUGGGUCACGCUCGAAUUCAACAAAGCUUUACAGUUGGGAUACAGAGUCGGUAAGAUUACGGAGGUGUGGCACUUUGAAGAACGGAGCGAAACCGUUUUUACGGGUUAUGUUCAAACUUUCCUAAAGGGUAAGCAAGAAGCUUCAGGGUAUCCCAAAGAAGCCGUCGAUGCAGAAAGCAGGGAAAAGUACAUUCGUGAAUAUCGUGAAAAUCAGGGAAUACAGCUGGAUGCUGAAAAAAUCGAACCCAACCCUGCCAAGAGACAAAUGUCAAAACUCUGUUUAAACAGCCUUUGGGGAAAGUUUGCGGAGAGGUGCAAUAGAACUCAGACCACCUUGGUGAGAAAAAGUGAAGUAUUUUUCGACUUUGUAUUUUCAGGAAAAUAUCAGGUUGAAUAUUUUUCCUUUCUCAACGAGCAAAUUGCUAUGGUGCAAUGGCAAUACAGUAAAAACAGCGUGGUGCUUCCCGGUAACACAAAUAAUGUAUUUGUCGCUGCUUUUACCACCGCUUACGCACGUUUGAAAAUGUACGGUUACCUAGAGGGGUUGCAAGAGAGAGUUCUUUACACAGACACCGAUAGUUUAAUCUACACGGUAAACGAGGGGGAAGUUUCUCUGGAGACGGGGUCCUAUCUAGGCGAUUUGACGGAUGAGUUGGGAGGAGACAGCAUUCACGAAUUCGUCUCCGCCGGUCCAAAGAGUUAUGCCUACCAUACCCUGCAGGGUAAAAAAACUGUGCUGCGUGCCAAAGGAAUCACUCAAACCCGCGAGUGUUGUGAGAGGGUCAACUUUGACAGCGUUAAAGAUUUGGUGGAGGGCUAUCUGGAGGAAGACAAAACAGGUGCGAUCUACACCCCUCAUCACCAAAUUGUUCGUGAUAAAAGGGGGUUCCUUUUAAAUAACUCGUCUUUCGAAAAAAAGUUUCGAGUGGUGUAUGACAAAAGACGUCUCUUUCCCGACGGGAAAACUUUACCUUUCGGGUAUUAGAGAGGAAAUGGAAAAAAUGGAACGAGUAGACUUUGAUCCCAGAUUUCAUACACCUUUUUCAUGCCUGGUUGUAGGACCUAGUGGUUGCGGAAAGACUUUUUUUGUAAAAUGUGUAUUGGAAAAUUGUGAACACGUCAUGAAUUCUAUACCCGACAACAUUGUGUGGAUUUAUACAUCUUUCCAACCCAUGUAUGCUGAAUUAAAAAAGAUGAAUAAAAAAAUAAAAUUUGUUGAA